GUCGCUGCCCGUGGCUGCGAGGCGCGGACCGGGCGCAGACUGAGUAGGGGACGCGGGGACAGCGACAUGGCCGGACAGACGCAGCAGCCGAGCGGGGGCGGGGACGGGGACCCAAGUCGGAGCCCAAGCCCGCCCGCGGACGGCUUGGCCGCGGCCCCAGCUCCGGCCUCAGAGCCGGUAGAAGAGAGGGUGGCACUGAAGAAGGAGAUUGGGCUGGUGAGCGCCUGUGCCAUCAUCAUCGGUAACAUCAUUGGCUCUGGGAUCUUCAUCUCCCCCAAAGGUGUGCUGGAGCAUACAGGCUCAGUAGGCCUAGCCCUUGUGGUCUGGGUACUAGGUGGAGGAAUUGCAGCCCUGGGCUCCUUGUGUUAUGCUGAGCUUGGAGUGGCCAUCCCCAAAUCUGGAGGUGACUACUCCUAUGUGACUGAAAUCUUUGGAGGCCUUGCAGGCUUCCUGCUGCUUUGGAGCGCAGUGCUCAUCAUGUACCCCACCAGCCUGGCUGUCAUCUCAUUGACCUUCUCCAACUAUGUCCUCCAGCCUGUGUUCCCCAACUGCAUCCCACCCUAUAUAGCAUCCAGAGUACUCUCCAUGGCCUGCCUGUUGCUUCUCACCUUUGUGAAUGGCUCCAGUGUCCGGUGGGCCACACGGAUCCAGGACAUCUUCACAGGAGGGAAGUUGUUGGCACUUGCCCUCAUCAUCACCGUUGGCUUCGUCCAGAUCUUCCAGGGUAACUAUGGGGAGCUGAGGCCCAGCAACUCGUUUAGCUUCUGGAUGACACCUACCGUGGGGCACCUGGCACUUGCUUUUCUGCAGGCAUCUUUUGCAUUCAGCGGCUGGAACUUCCUCAACUAUGUUACGGAAGAACUGGUUGAUCCCCGAAAGAACCUACCUCGAGCCAUCUUCAUCUCCAUUCCCCUGGUGACAUUCGUGUACACCUUGACCAAUGUGGCAUACUUCACAGCUAUGUCCCCACAGGAGCUCUUGUCUUCCAACGCUGUCGCUGUGACAUUUGGAGAGAAGCUACUGGGCUAUUUCUCUUGGAUCAUGCCUGUCUCUGUCGCCCUCUCCACCUUCGGAGGAAUCAAUGGAUAUCUUUUCACCUCCUCCAGAUUAUGCUUUUCUGGAGCCCGUGAAGGCCACCUUCCCAGCCUGCUGGCCAUGAUUCAUGUCCAACACUGCACCCCAAUUCCUGCACUUCUCGUCUGUUGUGGGGCCACAGCCGUGAUUAUGCUUGUGGGAGACACAUAUACAUUAAUUAAUUAUGUGUCCUUCAUCAACUACCUCUCUUAUGGAGUGACCAUCAUUGGCUUGCUUGUGCUUCGAUGGAGGAGACCCAAGCUCUUCAGACCCAUCAAGGUAAAUCUUCUCAUCCCAAUCACCUACUUGACCUUUUGGGCAUUUCUGCUGAUCUUCAGCUUUUACUCAGAGCCUGUGGUCUGUGGCAUUGGCCUCAUCAUCAUUCUCACAGGCGUCCCUGUGUUCUUCCUGGGUGUGUCCUGGAGAAACAAACCAAAGUGUGUGCACAGGCUCGUUGAGUGCAUUACAUGGUGGGGCCAGAAGUUGUGCUUCGUGGUAUACCCUCAGAGUGAUGCCCCUGAAGAGGAAAAUGGUCCCUGCCCUCACCCCACCCUCCCUGGAAGUGAAAAGACUUUGAAGACACAAUGAGAUGCUUAUCAAGACUCAAGUAGAUUUUUUUGUUUACAUGUUAUGUUUUUGUUUUUGAAAAAGUUUUCUUGGGGAAAAAAAAGAUAUGUUUCGUAGACACUUUUAAUAGCAACCCUCUCCCAAACACCAGUUCCCACCCUAGAUCAGCCCACCCUAGCUAUGCAAACAGCAGGAAGUCUAUAAAUAAAACAAGGAUGCAAUUGGUUAAUGCUGACACUUGGUUCAGUCUAUCAGUAAGGUUGAUUUGGAAGUACAAUGUAUGGCGGCCAGGUGAACUAGCUCAAGUCCUGAUGGGCCAGCCAAACUGGGAAUACAGGCCCAUACUCAUACCUCUGCCUGACAGCUUCCCAUCUCAGAGGGGGAAAAAAGAAAUAGAACCAAUAUGGUCACAUAUACUGGAUUUGUAAUUCCAUAUAAUAUAGUCACAGCUCAUGCAUGGUUCAGGCCCUGGAUGGCCACAGGUUGAGGGCAUAUGGUCAGUAGGCAAGUUUGAAGGAGUUCCACCUUUAUGCAAAGAAAGGAGAAUUUUAGGAGAUUAAUCUUGAGAAUGGAGGAAACACCAGUCACUCAUACCUGAGAGGAUCCUGUAGUCUGAAUAUGGGGACCCCGUUCCUUUCUCAAACACCUUUUCAAGAAAAAAUGAAUAUCCUUGUCUUUCACUUAUUCUUGGCCCCUAGUCAUACUUGAUUGGUACGAGAAAUAAUGGACGCCAGGAAAAGACAGCAGGGGGAAGAGAUAGAGACAACAAAGGAUGAUGAUAGGCUAGGGCUGGAGGGAGGAUUGGGCUGAUUUUCCAGCAUUUUCCAUCUGCCGUGGGUGGAACUGGGAUUAACAAAGCAGGCUUCUCUAAAAGACAGAAAUAGCAAUGUCAACUUAAAAAGGUUUGCAGGGGGGAAGAAAAGAUUUGGGGGGGCUGCCCCUUCCUCUAUAAAGAUGUGACCAAGCAAGACAGCUGGAAUGAGGUUGAUUUGUGCACUGAAAGGGAGUGAACAGGACUGGGUGGAAGUGUCAGGAAUGGACCUGGUAAAACCGAGGCUUAGGAUGAGCACCAUAGCUGUUCAUCUGAAUGACAGCUGAUCCAGAGGGGCUCCUCCCCUUGGCAGCAGAAAUCCCAAACCACUGCAGCACAGGGAAAGAACCCACAAGAAUUUGUGGGUGCCUGCAUGUCACCCUGAUGAAAGACAUUUCUGCCACCCUAGAGCUAGUCACAGGAUGAAUUACCCUUGUCAUGGCUCUGUGAGCAGCAGGAGGGCAGCUUCAGUCCCGAGGCCUCAGGAGCUACAUCAGUCAAUAACCACCACCUGUAUCCAGACCCAGAGAUAUGUGCAAACACUGCCCUGAGCCCUGAAUGUUGAUGGGUCCUCUUGAACUUGGCUUCAUCUUAUGGUGUGAGCAUUCUAAAGGAGGGAAAAGAUGGUGAGGUCUGGGGCUUCUGGGACCCAGCCAACCUCAAGGAGGGGCACAGCAGCGGGAACCAUUGAGCUUUUCUGAAUCUUUGUCCCCACUC